CCUGACUCGGCUCAAACAUGGCUGCGGUGGAAGCUCAGUUGCUUUGGGCGCCGGGAGCAGGAGAUGCUCCACGAAUUAGAAAAUUGACGAUGUGUUCUGCGUAAUUCAUCUCUUUCUAUCUCCCUGCACUCUGUGCUGGGAAAAUGCAUCAUCCAUUUGGAAAAGAGGAAACUGCUUCCCAGAAGCAGCUUUUUGGAUUUUUCUGUGAGUGCCUUCGAAGAGGAGAAUGGGAGCUGGCACAGGCGUGUGUACCUCAGCUACACGAGGCACAAGGGGAUAUCCCACAGAAAGUGGAAGAUAUACUUCAGGCGCUGGUCGUUUGUCCAAAUCAGCUAAGAUGUGGACAGGAUAUCAACCCUCAAAGAUUAGCCUGGGUCUGGCUUCUGAUACUGGAAAAAUGGUUGGGGGAAAAGAAGUUACUCCCAACUAUUCUCCGGAGAAAGCUUGAGUUUCUUUUAUUGUCAGAAGACCUCCCAGGUGACAUUCCAGAGGACAUCCUCAAGGAGCUCUGUGAGGUCUUAGCACAAGAUGCAGUAGGCCCCGGGCUUGACGGAAAUCAGAGGCGUGAAAGCUGGACCCCUCGGCUCAGCUCAGAAGCUGUCUCUGUGCUCUGGGAUCUUCUGAGGCAGACUCCCCAGCCAGCACAGGCCCUGCUGGAGCUCCUCCUUAGAGAGGACGAUGGCACUGGCCUCUGUGGCUGGCCUCUGCAGAAGGCACUGGUGGACCUCAUUCGAAAAGCACUGCGAACUUUGCAGGGCCCUGCUGCUGGGCCCCCUGGGAUAGUAGAUGCUAUCUACGGAUCCCUGCGGACUCUGCGUUGCCCUGCCGAGCCACUCGGGGUUGAGCUGCGUCUCCUGUGUGAGGAACUACUGGAGGCCUGCAGGACUGAGGGGAGUCCACUGCAGGAGGAACGGAUGCUCAGCUGCCUGCUGCCCAGGGCUGGACGGGGCCUGGUAUCCCUGUAUGGCCAUAUCUAUGCAGAGAAGGCCACAGAAAAGUCACCGAAGGCCACACCCUCGGGAAAAGUCUCACCGGAUCAUCUAGAUCCUGAACGGGCAAUGCUGGCCCUGUUCUCCAAUCCUGACCCAGCCGAGGCUUGGAAAUUGGUCUAUUUCUACUGCCUGAGCAACAGCAAGCACUUCCUCGAGCAGAUCCUGGUGACAGCACUAACACUGUUGAAAGAGGAAGACUUCCCAAGUCUUGGCUGCCUACUAGAUAGAGAAUUCAGGCCUCUCAGUCGACUGCUCGUGCUCCUGGGCUGGACACAUUGCCAGAGCCUAGCCGCAGCCAAGAGGCUACUCCAGACACUCCACAGGACCCAGGACCAAGGCUGUGAUAAACUCCUCAGGGAUGCCUGUGAUGGGUUGUGGGCUCACCUGGAGGUCCUGGAGUGGUGUGUUCAGCAGAGCAGCAACCCCAUACCAAAGAGAGAGCUGUUGUGUCAUUUACAUGGUGGAGACAGCCACUCAGUGCUCUACUCUCUCCAUCACCUUACAAACCUUCCAGCCCUCAGGGAGGAAGAUGUUCUCAAGCUCCUACAGAAGGUGCCAGCCAAGGACCCCCAGCAAGAGCAUGAUUCUGCAGAUGCCCUGACCCCUGAGCACCUGAGCCAGUGUCAGAACCUGACACUCUACCAGAGCUUCUGUGCCAUGAAGUAUGCCAUCUAUGCCCUCUGUGUGAGCUCACACCAGCACUCCCAGUGCCAGGAAUGCAAAGACAGUUCCUCUGAGGACCUGGCCUCAGCUGCGGAGCCAGCGAAUGACUCUCUCUCCUCCCCAGGUGCUUCACAUCUCUUCUCAACAUACCUGGCCAGGUGUCAACAGUAUCUGUGCAGUAUUCCUGACUCUUUGUGCCUGGAACUUCUAGAAAACAUCUUCUCAUUGCUCCUUAUCACCUCUGCCGAUCUUCACCCAGAGCCUCACCUGCCUGAGGACUAUGCUGAGGAUGAUGACUUUGAGGGGAAGGGCCCAUUGGAUUUGGAGUCCCCAUCAGAGAGCCCUCAGCACAUAGCACAGCGUGAGAGGAAGUCAGAACGGGGUUCCUUGGGAGUCCCCAGGAGCCUUGCUCAUACCAUUCCAAGCUGUCUGAAGACAGAGCCAAAAGAUAGUUUCCCAGGGCCUCAAGGGCACAGCUUUUUGGACCUAAAGCACUUUACUAGUGGUAUCAGUGGGUUCCUGGCUGAUGAAUUUGCAAUAGGGGCCUUCCUCAGGCUUCUCCAGGAGCAACUGGAUGAGCUCAGCAGCCGCAGCCUCCCUGAAAACCCAAAGCUGCUAGAAGCCCAGAGCUGCUCGGGAAGCAGAGAUGGACUGCAGAGCCGCCUACACCGGUUUUCCAAAGUUCUCUCUGAGGCCCAGUGGAGAUACAAGGUGGUAACAAGCAACCAGUGCUCAGAGGAGCAGCCGUCCCGAAGAUACCGGCCUGUUGCCACACGGCACCCCAGUCUCCGCCGGGUUCGUCGGACAAGAAGAAACCAGGCAGAUGGCCGAGACAGAGCUUCCAAUCCAUCCCUGGAAAGUACAAAUAGUGACGUGAGCACAAGUACUUCAGAGGGAAGUCUGAGCACUGUGUCUGGGAGGAAUGAGCCAGAUGGCCGGUUACAGCCCCAACCUCAAAGUUCACUUAUCCCCAUGAUGUUCUCCCCACCUGAGUCACUGCUGGCAUCCUGCAUCCUCCGGGGGAACUUUGCAGAAGCCCAUCAGGUGGUGUUCACGUUCAACCUCAAAUCCUCGCCCAGCUCAGGGGAACUGAUGUUUGUGGAGCGCUACCAGGAGGUGAUCCAGGAACUGGCCCGAGUAGAGCACAAGAUUGAAAACCAGAACUCAGAUGGGGGUAGCAGCACCAUUCGAAGAACAGGCAGUGGCCGCUCAACUCUACAGGCCAUUGGCAGCGCUGCGGCUGCAGGGAUGGUAUUUUACUCCAUCUCUGACGUGACCGACAAGCUGCUCAGCACCUCUGGGGACCCCAUCCCCACGCUCCAGGAGGACUUUUGGAUAAGCAGUGCCCUGACAGAGCCCACCGCUCCCCUGAGAGAGGUCCUGGAGGACCUCAGUCCCCCCGCCAUGGCUGCAUUUGACCUAGCUUGCUCGCAGUGCCAGCUCUGGAAAACCUGCAAGCAGCUCUUGGAAACUGCUGAGCGACGUCUGAACAGCAGCCUUGAGAGCCGGGGUCGACGGCUAGACCAUGUACUCCUCAAUGCUGAUGGCAUUCGAGGUUUUCCGGUUGUUCUUCAGCAAAUAAGUAAGAUUCUCAAUUAUUCACUUAUGUCAACUGGACAAACUAAAUCAGAGAGUGUAGAAGAAAAAGGAGGAGGUUUUCCACGGUGCAGUGUUGCUGAGCUUCUCCAGAUGUGCUGGCCCAGCCUAACUGAGGACUGUGUUGCCAGCCACACCGCCCUCUCCCAGCAGCUGGAUCAGGUCCUUCAGUCGCUGAGAGAAGCACUGGAGCGGCCAGAGCCCAGGAGUACUCCGCUCUCUUCCCUAGUGGAGCAGGUGGCCCAGAAAGCUCUGGAGGCAGAGGCCCACCCUGUGCAUAUCCAGACUCAGCUCCUCCAGAAGAACCUGGGCAGGCAGGCCCCAACAGGCAGCAGGCAGACUGACUACCUGGGCACCUUCUUCAGCUACUGCAGCACCCUGGCUGUGGUUCUUCUUCAGAGCUUGAGCUCUGAGCCUGAUCACGUGGAGGUCAAGGUAGGAAAUCCCUUUGUUCUCCUGCAACAGAGCUCUUCCCAACUGGUGUCACACCUCCUACUUGAGCGACAAGUUCCCCCAGACAGGCUGGCAGCCCUUCUGGCCCGAGAGGGUCUCAGCCUGAGUGUGCCACAGGUCAUCGUCAACUGCUGCUGUGAGCCCCUUGCCCUUUGCUCUUCCCGGCAAAGCCAGCAGACAUCAUCCCUUCUGACCCACCUGGGCACGCUGGCCCAGCUGCACACCUCCCACUGCCUGGAGGACCUCCCACUUUCUACCCUGAGUUCCCCAAAGCCAGCUGAGAUUCCCGCAUUCGAGAGAGAGCCCUGCUCCUCCCGAAGGGAGUCAUCACCUCCAGCCCUUACCUCCUCUGCCUUGGCCUUCCUUAAGUCCCGCUCAAAGCUGCUGGCUACAGUGGCCUGUCUGGGGGUUUCCUGGGGGGCAAAAGUCACCAAGCCCAGCUUGUCAUGGAAGGAGCUUCGUGGCCGCAGGGAGGUGCCUCUGACUGCAGAGCAAGUAGCCCAGGAGUGUGAGCGCCUGCUAGAACAGUUCCCUAUGCUUGAGGCCUCCCUCAUGGGUGCCUGGGAGCCCUUACGAGGGUCCUCUGAGCAGAGGCAGAGUCUGGCAGCAAGUCUCUGUGGCCAGGCCAGUCUCUCUACUGUUCUUCUGGGCCUGCAUUCUCCUACUGCCCUGGAUGUGCUCACUGAGGCCUUCGAGGAAGCCCUGGUGGCCAGAGAUUGGCCCCGGGCCCUUCAGCUCACUGAGGUGUAUGGGCGAGACGCGGACGACUUGAGCGGCAUACGGGAUGCAGUCCUGAGCUGUGCUGCAGCUUGUGACAAAGAAGGUUGGUGGUACCUGUUUCCUGUGAAGGAUGCAUCUCUGAGAAGUCGACUGACCCUACAGUUUGUGAACAAAUGGCCACUGGAGUCAUGCCUGGAGAUCCUGGCCUACUGUGUUUCAGACACAGCUGUCCAAGACGGACUAAAGUGUGAGCUACAGAGAAAGCUGGCAGAACUGCGGGUGUAUCAGAAGAUUCUAGGUCUGCAGGCAACCCCCGUAUGGUGUGACUGGCAGACCCUGAGGAACUGUUGUGUUGAGGACCCAUCAACUGUCAUGAACAUGAUUCUAGAAGCAAAGGAGUAUGGGCUGUGUGAGGAGUGGGGCUGCCUAUACCCCAUUCCAAGAGAACAUUUAAUCAGCUUACAUCAAAAACAUCUUCUACACCUUCUAGAAAAAGGAGAUCAUGAAAAGGCUCUGCAACUCCUGCAGAGAAUUCCUGACCCCACCAUGUGCCUUGAGGUCACAGAGCAGUCCCUCGACCAGCACCCUAGCUUGGCCACCUCUCAUUUCUUGGCCAACUACCUCACCACCCACUUCUAUGGAGAACUGACUGCCAUCCGACACCGUGAAAUCCAGGCACUGUACAUGGGAUCCAAGGUUCUGCUGACCCUGCCUGAGCAGCACCGGGCCAGCUAUUCCCACUUGUCCUCUAACCCCCUGCUCAUGCUGGAGCAGCUUCUCAUGAACAUGAAAGUGGAUUGGGCCACUGUGGCUGUGCAGACUCUGCACCAGCUGCUGGCCGGGCAGGAGAUUGGCUUCACCAUGGACGAGGUUGACUCGCUGCUUUCCAGAUACGCAGGGAAAGCCCUGGACUUCCCGUACCCUCUGAGGGAAAAACGAUCAGAUUCUGUGAUUCACCUCCAAGAAGUUGUCAGUCAGGCUUCAGACCUCGAGAGCUUGUCUAGAUCACCAUCAGCAGAGUUCCUUUCUGCUGCUACUCCUGGUGUCUCCAUUGUACAUUCUCCCAGUCCAAGGGAGAGGAGCCUCCCGCAGAGUCAGCCCCCACUGGAGUUUGUGCCCCCAGCAACACCCCCUGCCAGGCACCAGUGGGUACCAGAUGAGAGCGAGAGCAUCUGCAUGGUCUGCUGCAGGGAGCACUUCACCAUGUUUAACAGGCGUCAUCACUGUCGCCGCUGUGGACGGCUAGUGUGCAGUUCCUGCUCCACUAAGAAAAUGGUGGUGGAAGGCUGCAGAGAGAACCCUACUCGCGUGUGUGACCAGUGCUAUAGUUACUACAACAAAGAUGUGCCAGAGGAGAAUCCAGGACAAGCAGAAGCACCAGACAGCUCCAAGAGUGAAAGCCCUCCAUUCUCAUCUGUGGUGAGAGUCCCCAAGCCAGCUGAGGUGGAAUGGAUUUUGGAUCUGAAUGAGGAGGAAAAUGAGCUGGUGCGGAGUGAAUUUUACUAUGAGCAGGCCCCCAACGCCUCCUUGUGCAUCGCCAUCAUGAAUCUGCACCGGGACUGCACUUCCUGUGGCCACCAGCUGAUUGAGCACUGCUGCAGGCUGUCCCAGGGCCUCACCAACCCCGAGGUGGAUGCGGGGCUGCUCACAGACAUUAUGAAGCAGCUGCUCUUCAGUGCCAAGAUGAUGUUCGUCAAGGCCGGCCAGAGCCAGGACCUCGCUCUUUGUGACAGCUACAUCAGCAAGGUAGAUGUCCUGAAUAUUUUAGUUGCUGCUGCCUAUCGGCAUGUGCCAUCCCUGGAUCAGAUCUUGCAGCCAGCUGCAGUAACCAGGCUAAGGAACCAGCUUUUGGAAGCUGAAUACUACCAACUGGGUGUUGAGGUCUCUACAAAGAUGGGGCUUGAUACCACUGGGGCAUGGCAUGCUUGGGGCAUGGCCUGCCUCAAAGCUGGGAACCUCACUGCCGCACGGGAGAAGUUCAGUCGCUGUCUUAAGCCCCCUUUUGACCUCAAUCAGCUGAGUCAUGGCUCAAGACUGGUACAGGAUGUGGUUGAGUACCUGGAGUCCACAGCGAGGCCACUGCUGUCCUUGCAAGAUGAUGAUUAUUUUGCCACCUUGAAAGAACUGGAAUCUACCCUUCGGACCCAGAGCCUGUCUCUGGAGGUGAUUCCUGAAGGGAAGAUCAUGAACAACACCUACUACCAAGAAUGCCUCUUCUACCUGCAUAACUAUAGCACCCACCUGGCCAUCAUCAGCUUCUACGUGAGGCACAGCUGCCUGCGGGAAGCCUUGCUGCACCUCCUCAACAAGGAGAGUCCUCCAGAAGUCUUCAUAGAAGGCAUUUUCCAGCCAAGCUAUAAAAGUGGGAAGCUACACACCUUGGAAAACUUGCUGGAAUCCAUUGAUCCCACUUUGGAGAGCUGGGGAAAGUACUUGAUUGCUGCCUGCCAACAUUUACAGAAGAAGAACUACUACCACGUUCUAUACGAGCUGCAGCAGUUUAUGAAGGACCAAGUCCGGGCUGCCAUGACCUGUAUUUGGUUCUUCACUCACAAAGCAAAGACAUAUACGGAACUAGGAGAGAAGCUCUCGUGGCUGCUUAAGGCCAAGGACCACCUGAAGAUCUACCUCCAAGAAGCCUCCCACGGCACUAGAAGGAAGAAAACCACCUUCUUCCGAAAGAAGAUGACCACAGCUGAUGUGUCAAGGCACAUGAACACACUUCAGCUGCAGAUGGAAGUGACCAGGUUCUUACAUCGGUGUGAAAGCGCUGGGACUUCUCAGAUCUCCACCUUGCCUCUGCCAACCCUGUUUGGAAAUAACCAUAUGAAAAUGGAUGUUGCCUGCAAGGUGAUGCUAGGAGGGAAAAAUGUAGAAGAUGGUUUUGGAAUUGCAUUCCGUGUUCUGCAGGACUUCCAGCUGGAUGCUGCCAUGACCUACUGCAGAGCUGCUCGGCAGUUGGUGGAGAGGGAGAAAUACGGUGAGAUCCGACAACUGCUCAAGUGUGUCAGUGAGUCAGGCAUGGCAGCCAAAAGUGACGGGGACACCAUCCUCCUCAACUGCUUGGAAGCAUUCAAGAGAAUUCCACCCCAGGAGCUGGAGGGCCUGAUCCAAGCGAUACACAAUGAUGACAACAAGGUUCAGGCCUACCUGACAUGCUGCAAACUGCGUUCUGCCUACUUGAUUGCCGUGAAGCAAGAACACUCACGGGCUACGGUCCUCGUCCAGCAGGUGCAGCAGGCCGCCAAGAGCAGCGGGGAUGCAGUCGUGCAAGACAUCUGUGCCCAGUGGCUUCUGACGAGCCGCAGCCGGGGUGCCCAUGGCUCAGGCUCCAGGAAGUGACUGUGGGCCACGGGGCCUGUGGGACAGGAGUGAUGGAGAGGCCCUCCACCUCUUUCCUGCUGUGCAGUGGGACUUCCCUGGCUGCCCCAGGCCGGAAAGAGCUGGAUUGGACCCCACUUGCCAUCUUGGGCAAGGACAGGACCUCUCACGCAAGUGCCAUGUUUCUGUAAAAUUGUGGAACCU